GCUGCUGGCGCUCAAUUAUCGGUAGCUAACCCCUACAUCGACCAGUUUUUCCUUGUACCGCGGCGGAUUGUCUAAAGGGGCUGAUGGGUUGGUUUGAUGUAUCGAAAGAUGGCCACUGAAGGUGUGCCCAUAAAGCGGGAGCAAUAAAUCAAUCAAACACCCAUCAUCACCACCCCCGCCCGCACGUAACCAAUUAGUGUCGAUUAUUGCCACCGCGGUGAAGAAUUUGUGAUGUGUCCUGUGUGUUGUGUGGCUGACAAGCUGAUAAUGUGCCCCGUGGUAGAAUGAGUGAUUAAUCAAUUUUUGCUAAGUUGGGGGAGUCAUUGACCAUUGUUUUAGACACUGUAAGGAGAGUCUGUGUGAUCAUCUUUUAACUGAUUCGAUUCGAUACGGUAUAAUUGAUAGUGAUUUGAUUUGCUGAAGAAGCGUGGUGCGACAAAUGUCCAUACACUGUUACUGCUUGUAACGAUCGAUCGUGCGAAAAAUCUCUAAGCGUCGAAUGGCCAUCCCCAUUAAACAAUGUUUAUCGCCUCGUCGAUUGUUUCUUCACAGCUCAACUGAACAACCCUACAACAACGAUACCACCGCCUGUGUAGCAAACAGAACCUUCCGAUUGGGACUGGCCUGCGGAAAUGGCGUUUCCAGCUCAAUCUGCUGUUCCUGAUAAGCCGCAUAAAAUGAUGCCCAAACUAAUUUCCCUAUCAGCAGCAGCAGCAGCACCACCACAAAACUCAACCUAACACACAACAGUGCCAUAGUGAACACUAGCUUCGCUUAUCUUAAAUGCAGGAGUCAUAAACGUGAAGACAUUGCGGCUACCCGUCCACGGCACGCCCGGGACAUUUGCGGAGUUCUUGUUGAACAGCACCGGGAACACUGGACACCUCUAGUCUUGUCAAUAAAAUCACAGCCGCAGAGAGUCUUGGCUGUAUCGCGUGAGUCAUCGGUGGUGUUGGUGUUGUACGGAAGUUGGUAUGCAGUGUUGAAGACAGGUAGCCGGGUACGGUCGAUACGGACGAUAUCUCACGAUAAGACGAAAGCCUGGUAGCUUGCGGUCUACGAUCACAUUUUGGCAACGGUAGCGUGUCAGAGUUGUGACACCUGUCGAAGGUAACACUGGUCCCUCUGUGCAGGGUCGGAACAGAGUAACCGACCAUAUUCGAGUGCCCGUGGCUGUGUGUGUGUGUGUGCCCGAAGGUCUGGAUGCAACAUCCAGGUAGUGAAAUAGAUUGUGCUUAAUUAAAAGGCGUGACGUCAGAGUGUAUGUAGAAGAGUUUUGAUCAACUUCCUUCGAUUAUACUAUCUUAUCUGUUCGACGAUAACGAUCCCCCGUAUCCUUCAACGGGCACGUGUUUGCGCUUUAAAAUGGAAACCCGAAUCUCCUAAUCGUGCAACCGCAGACGGGAAGUGUCGCAAAUUCGUCAUCUGUACCAGGAUAUUCAAGAUUACGGACUCUGCCGGGGGUGACCUUUGAUAAAAGUGAGUUCAGUGUGUUGGGAGUCGUGCUAACUACAUCGAUAAGCGUAUGCAAGCGGAAGGCGGAAUGCUAGUUUCAGAUGUGAUUCACAAAGCAACCAUUUUGCUGGUAAACAGCAGUGUUCCGGCUGAGGUGGUGAUCUAUCUGGCCGGCCCGAAACUGAAAAAAGUAAUAGAACAUCGUACUUAGGUGUAGGUACGGCGUUCUCCGAAGAAAGUAAGGCUUCAAGCACGUUACGUACGACAAGUACCAACGCUCCUAGUCUGAUUUGGUAAAGGGGCUCACCAAAAACUAUAGACACCUGUGAAAUUAACCAAACAGGUUACUGUGAUCAUUGCAAAUAGUUUUCAAUCCAACUGUCAGAAAAGAUCCCACGAUUACCUGUCAUUCAUAUACAUAGAUAGAUCUUGGUUUGUGGCAGUGGCAAGAAAGUGGUCAAAUGCGUGUUUGGCGUCGGAGUGAAAAGAUUGGUCAAGAUUAUUCAUGAACGGCUCUGCAAUGGAAAACUUCCGGUGCGCGCAGUGUAAAUGCUUCCCAAACGGUGAUGUCUGGAAUUGUACGGCGAAGGAGCACUUUUACUGUGCACCGUGUAAGGAGUCGAAAGGCAUAACACUUUGUGCGUGUGGAGCCCAGCUGCAGGAAGAGCAGGUAUCUAAUCCUAUCGAGAAGCUGCUGUACCAGGCGAUGUGUCCCUGCCGGUAUGCGCCAAAUGGCUGUACCUGGAAGUUUGUGAAGUCCGAGAUGGAGGCGCACGUACUCGAGUGUCGGUUUCGUCCGUAUCGAUGUGUGGCGCACACGUUAAAUGUGUUGAAAUGCGACUGGGAAGGUGUUCAGCACCAGAUCGAGAAUCAUCUGACUGAGGGCCACAAGGAGUUGGGCCCGAUGUUUCGCUUCCGCCAGUCGACGUCACUGGUGUUCAAGGAGCAAAUUUCGCUCGGCGGACUCAAGGUGGUGGAUGCGUUCAGCAAGCGAUUCUUGUUCCACUUCUUCUCGGAUGUAGCCAAACGGAAGCUUUCCUUCCUGAUGAUCUACUUCGGCCGUCGCGAGGAAGCGAACCAGUACUGCUACGAGCUGGAACUGCGUGCCGCACCCAUCCCAUCGUCGGACGCUUCCGAGCCAGCCGAGAAGGAAAGAGCAACCUUCGCACGUAGCGUCAAGUUUGUCGAACGGUGUUGCUCCGAUUCGGAGGAUCUUGCUGAACUGCUGCAACAGGAUCGUUGCAUUACACUCGCCCAUCGUCAAGUGUUGAACUAUCUGCACGAAGGAAAGCUCCAUAUGGCGUACAAGGUGCGCAAGGUGGAUGCUGUAGGUCGCGAAAAGAAGCUCUCCACGUCGAGUGUUCCCGGGGCGGAAGCUGCUUCUGUAAGCAGCACAGCGUCAACGAAACCGAAGCCAAGACCACCGCCGUUUGUGUUUGCCAACAAAGAAAAGGUCGCUAGCAAUAGCAAGCGUUCGAGUUCAGCUUCCAGCUCUGCCUCCAGCAAGAGCACGAGCAGCUCCGAAUCAUCGUCUUCUUCGUCCGCCAGCCAAUCGACGACCAAAGCAUCACCUAGCCCGUCAUCCUUACCGUCGCGCACCCCAUCAUCCGCCUCGACGGCGACGGUUUGUUCGGAGCGGAACAGUGUCGAUGCGCUGGCAUCGGCCGUUAAUCGCAGUUCACUGUCGUCCAUCAAUCGUGUAACCACGCCGCUGACACCUUUCGAAAAGCCGGAACAGUGUCCGCUGCUGACGCCAUCCAUUAACAAGCACGAUGUGCCCCCAACGUGGGUCAUCUCGCAGACGACAACGAGCGGAUUUGCCUACCACACCAGCACCGAAUACCAUCGACAGAUGUAUGGACACGAGCCGUACCGUAGCCUUCAUCGGUAUCCACCCGGCGAGUGUACGACUACGGCUGCCGUUUGCCAGAAGUACACCCAACCGUACAAGGAGAAGGACGAUCGUCCCUACCUGAUGAAGCAUCCGACGAAUUGUCUGUACAAACCACAGCCGAAGUGGUCGGCCGGUGGUGGAGGGAAAGGUGGUGGCUAGGGUCCGUAGUCACAGCAGAAGAGCGGCUCGAAUUUUAUCACCCAAUAAUACUAACGUGUACAUUAAUUGAAGAAAAUAUUGAUUUAUUGUCUUAUAAUAUUCGGUUAUAAAACAACUGACCACGUGUUAAAA